UCGGACUGAAUCGUGCUAAACCAACGGACCAUUUACCCUUCCACUAGCUCGGUCGGGCCUGCGGGCCGAACCGGUUGACAAAGUUGUUGUGCGGUGCCUAGCUUCUUUUACGCGGUUCAGUUAUACCUGCCGGACCUCAAAUUCUAAUCAUCAUAGGAGACCGCGGCGAAGAAGUAGCGAAACCAUCAUCUGGAAAGGAAAAGGAAUAAAGUCUGCGUCUCUGUGAUCGCCGUAAGAACACGGCCAUUGACGGAGAUUGUCGUCGCCUAAGUCAUCUGCCGACGGUUAAGGAGCGAGAAGGCCAGAGGCGCUUGAACGGAAUCAGUACGACUAUCCGUCGCGUGAAGAGAGAAAGAAAGCGGCAAAUUAAUCUUUCUUGCCCUGUUUCUUCCUCGAGCCGACAAACCGAACCCUAGGUAUCUUAUUCGCUUCUUUUGGUUGCAAUCCGUUUCGAAAGAUAGUAUUGGUUAGUUAUGGGGCCUUAUGAAUCAAAAGGGUUUGAGAUUGAUUGAUGGUUAGAAGGAAAAAGAUUUCCCCUUCUCGUUUUUCCCCCUGGCAUUCUGUUUUGUAAUGCGCAAGGUAUAGCGUCCUCUUGCUUUUGUGAGUCAUUGGCUGCUGCAUCUGGAAGGCUAAUCGUGGGAUUAUUAUCUGUCGCUGUAUUUGGAACGAGAAUUUUCUGUUGCUUGCUUGAGUUUGAUUACAUCUGAGGUUCCAAAAUGUCAUCUUGGAAGAGCAGGAACUUGCUAUUUUGUUUAAUGGGAUGCUUCUAAUGAACUGUCUAUGGUUUUGUUAUAGACAAAUGGCAUUGACAGUUAGAAGCAUCUUUUUCCUUCCCCAGUUUGAUUGUAUGACAAUCACAAGCCAUUUUCAUUGUAUGAGGGGCGUGGCUUAAUUUGUUCGCUGAUGUUCUGUUUUCCUCAAUCAGUUCAUACAUAAUUCUUGUCUGGGUUCUUGCCAGUAUCGCGGUUCUGUUUGUGUUGGCACUGUGAUUUAGUUUGAAGUGUUGUUUCUCAUUGCUCUAAUGUUAUCUGUAUUGUUUUGCCCAAUUUUUUAUGCUUUCUCAGAGGGAAUCUGUUUUUGGAUUGCAGGAAGUUCGUUGUGGUCUCUACUGAAGGCCAAAGCUUUUUGAGUGUAACUAAUUUAUUGCUCUGUGAAUCUGCAUCUUUCAUGGCAUUCCCAACAGAGGUCAUAACUUGCCUGGCUACCCUUUCUUCAUGUUUUAAUUUUAUUCUAAAGGGGGUGCAAUGCUUUAUUCUGGAUGAUUUUGUUCAAACUUUGAGCAUUUCGAUAGAAACGUUUCCUGUUUACGUUAAUGCGAUUCUCUAAUAAACUUUUACUUGAAUUUCUUUGUGUUAUUUUUUAAUUUCUGCCGUAACUGGUAGGACUUAAUUUUAAUUGAUAGCAAACCAUUCUGCUCGAUUAGGAAUCUCAAUGUUGAUCCUUUCGUGUUUGGUCUGCAGGCUGGUUUGCAGCUACUACUUUAUCCUCUCAAUUCCAACAUUGUUGUCAGAACAGCAUGGUAAGCUAUCUUGAAUCACAGCCAUCUAUUGCACUAGCCCAUGAUGUUGUAGGAUUUGCCACAGUUAGGUUGUACUUUGGUGCUUAUUCAUUUGAAAGAGUCAAUGAUUUCAGAUCUAUAGUUCUUAGGAAUGCAUUAUGAAUCAUUUUGCUUAGUGAUCUAUAGAAUAAUGUAAUUAUGCUGAUGAUGCUUAUGGAUUGUUUGAAACAGCUGCUCUGUAGGGAUUGCUUUGCCUGUUUAUUCGACAUUCAAGGCAAUUGAGAGGAAAGAUCGAGAUGAGCAAAAGAAAUUGCUUGUUUACUGGGCAGGUUAGUGUUCUUUUGCUUUGUGUUCAUGUCAGAAGAAGUUCAUCCCAUUUUCUAGCCCUAGACUGUUGCUGACUGAAAUUAAGGUCAGGCAUUAAAUGCCCCCGUCACGUCUUUUCCAUUGUGCUAGGUCAAUCUCGAAAAUUAAUAUCUACUGUUGAGCAAAUGGCGUGUGCAAGGCUUCAUGUAAUGGAAAAGUUCUUGACUGUCCUCCCUUGCUCUAUCAUGUGCUAAAUUCAUCUGCACUGGUUUUAACACCAUCCAGCCCAUUAUUUUAAGGCAUUGUCUCGCCAUGUCUAUUUAGACAUGCAAUGCCACUAUUAGAUGAAACUAGUUGUGAACUUUGGAUAGAUUAUAUGUCGAGUGAAUUGUGCUAAAAGAUUAUAUCAAGUGUUUUUCAAUUACAAGCAAAAUGACUAGGUUGGGGUUGUUUGGCUGGUUGCCUCUUUUCCCAGUAGUAGCUGUUUGCUUGAAUUGUAUCCUAUUGCAUUUGAUGUGUUGGGAAGUGCUCUAAUGGUUUAGUAUAUUUAUCAGCUUUAUGAUUGUCCAGGCUCAGCCACCAAUCUGGUGCGUUGUAAAUAGCAUUUUGUCCCCCAAACUUCCUCAAAUGCACCAUUGGGAAUUACAAAAUUUACAAUUACGCCACAAUAUUUGAAAUUAAUCAACCAAAGCAGUGCCACUAGACUAUUCAUCAAAAGCAUCCCACCCCAGCAAUGUUGUAUCUUAGGAUAUUAUUAAUCAUACUGGUUGUCAUGCAGCUUUUGGAGCUUUCAGUGUUGCAGAGGCAUUUACUGAUAAGAUCCUUUCUUGGUAAGGAUUAAUUUCUUAUCCCCUCUCGUUUUGCCCAUUUCUUACUGCAAUCUGUUGCCUUUGAAAUUCAACCUCUUCAUGUGAAAUUAAAUGAUAUAAAGUGGCUUAGUGAUUAAGCGGGUACUCUGCCAUAAUUCAUUAUAACCCUUAUGUAGUUAUUAUAACCUGCUGUCUGCAACAUUCCAAAACUGAAUUAGCUCUUCUCAUUGUGGGGUUAGUACAAAUCUGGAGUGCUCCUUGAGUUUUGCAGAAAUAAAAGAAAUCUUACGACUUUUAUUAGUGCAUGUUAAACUUUUUCUACUCCUUUUGGUCCUUUGGUAUCUGUUAAUACGCAUAGAAUAUGCCAAACAUGUUCACAGGAGAAAGAAAAACAAGAAAGAGUUGUGUCUGUGGCACAUUUUAUAUACCACUUUUUAUUUUUUUGUUAACACAAGUAUCAUCCAUUACAAAAAAAAAAUCACCUGCUCAACAAUUGAAGGUUAAUGUGAUUGUUGUUGGCCUUUUUGUCUUUGCUUAUUUCAAUGAGAUUAUUGUAUGUUUAUGUACAUCUCUCCCGAUUUUCAUCAGGGUUCCGAUGUACUAUCAUGUGAAGUUUGCCUUUCUCGUCUGGCUGCAGCUUCCAUCUUUCAACGGAGCUGGGCAACUUUAUUCAAACCAUCUGCGUCCUUUCCUACUCAGGCAUCAAGAUAGGCUUGAUCACCUUACCGAGGUGGUUAAUGGCAUGAUGGCUAAAUUCAUUAUUGCCCAUGAGGGAGAGUUCCAGCUUGCAAAGCUGAUUUUCUUGAAGACUCUUGCAUCAGUCCGACAAACCAUUCAUCCAGCAGAUAGCCCGGCAAAUGGUGCUUUUCAAGGUCAGAGCAGACGAAUUAAAGAUUCGCAAUCACUUGAAGAUGAAGAAGAAGAGGAUGAUGAUGAGUGAUGCUUUUUAUCUUAAACUUGACUGUGCAAAAUAGGAACGUUUCAGAAGAACUGGUAACUUUUAGGGUCUAUUUUCUAUAUGUGAAUUUCCAUUAUGUUUAUUUUAAAUUAUAUGCUAUUACUAGCUUGCCUGCUUCCUGAAAGAAGAGGCUGGUGCUGUACAUUGUACAAUGCUGUUCUAGUCUGCCUGACGUUUUGUAUAGAAGCUGAACUUAUUAGAAAUAAUGGAAAAAAUUACAG